AUGGCACUGGCCAUAUCCUCGGGGAGCAGCCUGCAGAUUCCCCCAGUGAUGCAGUUCACUCAGGAGCUGCCAGAGACCAGGGACCUAGCACCAUGCCAUGCUGCAGUGGUGGUGGGGUCUCCCAACCAGGGCGAUGAACGAGCUUCAGUCCGGAGACUUUGGGAAAGCGCACAGUUAGUGCUGUUCUUCGGUGUCUGCUGCCAAGGGAUUCUGGCUGGGAUCUGGACAUCGGUGGAGAGCACUGAGGAGCAGCAGGUGCAGGUGUUCUCCCCCCACCCCCCCCACCUCACCCCCCACCGCUUAUGCGGCUCGUGGAUCUGUGCAGGAGUGUCACUGGAUCCUGUGCACCCCCUGCCCCUCUCUUACCAAUUCGGCUCCAAGUGCUGCCACGACUGUCCAGCCGGCUUCGAGAUGUUGGAGCGCUGCAACAACGAGCGGGACUCGAAUUGUGUGCCCUGUCGAGAGGGAUUCUUCAACGAGGCUACGAACUACUACAAAUGCAAGCCGUGUAGCUGGUGUCACACAGACACGGGGAGUCAGAAAUCGGAGAAUUGCACCACCACCAAAGACACGGUCUGCCGCUGCUCCGAGGGCACCCAGCCCCGCAAGAACAGAUGGGGCCCCUCCGGAACAGAGUGUGUUCCCUGCCCACCGGCACACUAUUCCCCUGGAGAGAACCGGUUAUGCCGCCCCUGGACCAACUGCACAGCUGAGGGAAAGCAGACUCUCCUACCAGGCACCAGCAGGGCUGAUGCCAUCUGUGAGGGUCAGAGACCCUCACGGACUCCCCUCCCCCUGAUCUCCCGGCACUCUCAGACGACAGCAACCCAGGUCCAGGGGCUCUCGUCCACAGGACCGCAGCCCACCAGCCAACACUCUCUCGAGGGCACCCAAGAACUGUUGCCCUUGGUGCUCGUGGGCCUGACGGUACUGGUGGUGUCUGGCCUGAUCUUCCUGCUCCUCACUAUCUACGUCUCCAAGAGGAGGGAAGAGCGGCCGCCCCCUGAGUUUGGGCAACAGGAGGUGAAAAGCUUCCGGGUCCCGGUCCAGGAGCAAACCGAUGCCCACUCCAGCCUGGUGAAAAACUGAGGGGCCUGUGGGCUAGUGGCCCCCAGGCUCGGGCAGACCUCGCUUUCCACACUGGGCAAACUGGACAGUGCGGCUGGAGAAGGCCAAGGACAGGCUGGGCAACCAGAAGUUGAGGCCAGUCACCUGCUCUAGCCCCGGACCCCUGGGCUUCCUGCCCACAGGCCCCACCCCAAAGGACAGCUGGACAGGAAGAGAUGAGUCUUUGGGCUUUAGCUGACUGUGCGACUCCUUCAGGCCCUAGCCUGGGAGGGGGUCUCAUCCUGAUUCCCAGGUGCAAACCCUGAAUAUUUAUUCAAGGAGGCUGGAAGCAGGCAUGUAGGCAGGCAAGCAUGGGUCCCCCUCCCCAUCCCUCCCAGCGCUGCCUGCCCUCUGCCUCCACCAGAGGGACCAAUACUACCCCUGGGCCCAAUUUAAUGUCAAGAAAGUUGACAUUGUAUCUGUAUCUGCAGAGUCCCUGCACAGUUAUAUGUUAUACAUAUGCUUUAUUGC